AUGGCCACAUCUGGGGGAGGAUGGACUGUAUUUCAACGUCGUCUUGAUGGAAGUGUCGAUUUCUACCGAGGAUGGAAAGAUUACAAAAAAGGCUUCGGCAAUCUGAAUGGAGAAUUUUGGCUCGGUUUGGAUAAGAUCCACAGACUAACAGCAGCUGUUUCUCUAACGGCACUUCGUUUUGACAUGGAAGACACUUCUGGGAAUAGGCGAUACGCAUGGUAUGAUUCGUUUGCUAUCGGUGAUGAGCAACAAAAGUAUGAGCUGAGCGUUGGAGGCUACGUUGGUAGGAAAUUUGGCUAAAUAUGUAUAACUUGUAACAAUGGGGAUUACAAUAUAACUCAUUGGAUUCUUCUGAGCCCAGUAUGACAAAAUAUUAAGUCGAGACAUAAUAUUUUACCAUAUUGGGCGGAAAGAAAUCUAAUAGAUGUUUUAUUAUAUCGAAUAAAACAAUUCUAUAAGAAACACUAUCCUUUGUAAGCGAUAAUAAUACAGCGAUAAUAAUACAGAGAUAUAGCAUGCAUCACAUAGAGGUGACGAAAUUGCUUAUAUGACGAAAUAAAUACGUUAAUAACCUAGUUUUAAAAACAAUUAAAUGUCUAUAUAAAGAACCUCAAUUCCAUGUACUGUAUAUUAGCUAAGUAUUUUCGAAAGGUGAUUACUAACCUCACGACUGUUGUAAACAAAUGAAUUUCGCGCGAAGAAAAGUUUUUGCCAUGCUUUCAUGAUUUCGAACAAAACUGGUAGAAAAAUUACAGUCUUAAUGCUCCAAGACGUGGGGCUCUUCAGUGACCAAUUACAUCUAGUUUACGCUCACUUAUAUUACCUAGACUUUACAAAAAUUGUGUUAUUACUUUCCUAACUAUGUUUAUCCUAAUUCACCUUAUAAACUUUCUCUGUGGAAGGAAAUCGGAGGGCCCGGAGAAAAUUCAGAUCACGACUUUCAACAGAGGGUUGACAGACUCUUUCCACAUGAGUCCGUACAGCGUCUGUAGCGAGACUCGAAUCCACAAUCGCAGAGGUGAAAGACGCUUGCUCUGCAGGCGACCGCGCCACUGAAAUCCCGAAAUAUAGGAAUUACAAACGAAUUUUCCAGAACUUGUAAAAAUUUGAGACCCCAAAACCAAGUUGCGACACUAAUCUCAUUGCUAUAAUAUUUUCUUCAAUUAUUUUUUGUAAUCUCCACGAUUAUAGUUAUUGUUGACUAAAUAUUACUAUACUGCCUUUCUUUAGGUACAGCAGGAGAUUCUUUCACUCAUCACAGAGGUGCGGAGUUCGCGACUAAAGAUGCCGGCAAUGGCAGACACUGUGCUCAGACACAUAAAGGCGCUUGGUGGUAUCGAGGUUGUCAUUUAGCGAACUUGAAUGGUCUCUAUCUUCACGGCGCACACAAGUCGUUUGCAGAUGGUAUCAACUGGAAAACUUGGAAAGGAUAUAACUAUUCUCUGAAAUCAACAUCAAUGAAAAUCCGACGUCGUCCAUUUUUUAAACCAUAA